UCUCCGGGUUGCAUGUACUGUAUGUGGAGCAGUGUACAGUGAAGCGGAGGCAGAGCGGCUCCGCGAGCUCCUCUCCACUUUCCCAUAGAGGAACCCUGACUGGCCGCUGAGGGCGAGCCACACACACGCCCUCACGCCCGGCGAGCCCGCGAGGCAGCGCCGCCCGAGAGGGGCACAGGAGCCGGGGCGCGGGCAGAAGCAGCCCGAGGAAAACAACAACAGAGCCAGCCCUCACGCCGGCGGGCGGCUCGUGGCCGCCCGGGGAGCCCCAAACUUCAUCUCGGCGAAAGUCACUAUCAUAUGACAAAGGCUUUGCUGCAGUUCAUCUUCCUCCCUGUGUACUUUCCAUUUGCCUUCCCGGAAUCCUGCUGCAUCACAGAAGCUGGAAAUUCUGAUGUUCCAUUCAAAUCACAAUGGAAAGUCUUGACUUGACCGGUCACAGUAAUGAAAGGCAGUAAUAGAAAUAAAGAUCACUCAGCAGACGGAGAAGGGGCUGGAAAACGACCAAAACGAAAGUGUCUUCAGUGGCAUCCAUUGCUAGCAAAGAAACUGCUUGACUUUUCAGAAGAGGAGGAAGAGGAAGACGAAGAGGAGGAUAUUGAUAAGGUUCAACUUCUUGGGGCCGAUGGCCUAGAGCAAGAUGUUGGUGAGACUGAUGAUGAAUCACCAGAACAGCGAGCCCGGAGACCAAUGAAUGCAUUUCUCUUAUUUUGCAAACGUCAUCGCUCCCUUGUACGACAGGAACACCCCCGGCUUGAUAACCGAGGUGCUACCAAGAUACUGGCUGAUUGGUGGGCUGUUCUAGAUCCAAAGGAAAAGCAGAAAUACACAGACAUGGCCAAGGAGUAUAAAGAUGCAUUUAUGAAAGCGAAUCCUGGCUAUAAAUGGUGUCCUACCACAAACAAGCCUGUGAAAUCCCCAACACCCACUGUUAAUCCACGAAAGAAACUGUGGGCCUUCCCAUCUGAGUCUUCAAGAGAUUUGCCAAGCCCCAAGAAAGCAAAGACCGAAGAAAUGCCUCAGCUAAACUUUGGAAUGGCUGAUCCUACUCAGAUGGGAGGCCUGAGCAUGCUACUUUUAGCUGGAGAACAUGCUCUUGGAACAUCAGAGAUAUCCUCUGGCAGUUGUAGGCAGGAUGUUUCAGAAUCCCCUGAAUUGCGUCAGAAAUCACCAUUAUUUCAGUUUGCUGAGAUAUCUUCAAGUACGUCUCACCCUGAUGCUUCUUCAAAGCAGUGUCAAGCCUCAGCCUUGUUUCAGUUUGCAGAGAUUUCUUCAAACACUUCGCAGCUGGGUGGUGCAGAACCUGUGAAACGCUAUGGAAAAUCUGCACUCUUUCAACUGGCAGAGAUGUGUCUGGCAUCAGAGGGGGUUAAAAUGGAGGAAUCAAAGCUAAUGAAGGCAAAAGAAUCAGAUGGUGGAAGAAUUAAAGAAUUGGAGAAGGGAAAGGAACAAAGAGAAAUAAAAAUGGAGAAAACAGAUGAAGCCAGGUCACAGAAGGAAGCAGAAUUUGAAAAAUCAGCUAAGGAAAAUGUAAGAGAUUGUAAGGAACUAAGAAAUUUUGAGGAGCUACGAAUGGAUGAUACAAUGGAUAUAAAAAUGGAAGAUCCCAAAGAAAUUAAAAAGGAAGAACUAGAAGAAGAUCAAAAAUGUAGUCACUUCCCUGAUUUUUCUUAUUCUGCCAGUAGCAAGAUAAUAAUAAGCGAUGUUCCCAGUAGAAAGGAUCAUAUGUGCCAUCCUCAUGGAAUUAUGAUCAUUGAGGAUCCCACAGCAUUAAACAAACCAGAGAAACUAAAAAAGAAAAAGAAGAAAAGCAAAAUGGAUCGACAUGGAAAUGAUAAAUCCACACCCAAGAAGACUUGCAAAAAGAGGCAGUCUUCAGAGUCUGACAUUGAGAGUGUUAUAUACACCAUUGAAGCCGUUGCAAAGGGAGACUGGGGCAUCGAGAAACUUGGAGAAACCCCUCGCAAGAAGGUCCGCACAUCUUCAAGUGGCAAGGGAAGCAUUUUGGAUGCCAAGCCACCAAAGAAAAAAGUGAAAUCAAGAGAGAAGAAAAUGUCAAAGGAGAAAUCCUCAGACACCACCAAAGAGUCAAGACCUCCAGAUUUCAUUAAUAUUUCUGCCAGCAAGAACAUUUCUGGUGAGGUGCCAGAGGGUAUAAAAGCAGAACCAUUGACCCCCACGGAGGAUGCAUUACCACCCAGCCUAUCUGGACAGGCCAAGCCUGAGGAGAGUGACUGUCACAGAAAAAUAGAGACUUGUGGCUCCCGGAAAUCUGAGAGGUCUUGCAAAGGUGCUCUUUAUAAAACCCUGGUGUCUGAAGGCAUGCUCACCUCUCUGCGAGCUAAUGUUGACAGAGGGAAACGAAGCUCAGGAAAAGGAAACUCCUCUGACCAUGAAGGGUGUUGGAAUGAAGAAAGCUGGACGUUUAAUCAGAGUGGGACCAGUGGGAGCAAGAAGUUCAAGAAGACCAAGCCAAAGGAAGAUUCUCUCCUUGGCUCAGCAAAGCUGGACGAAGAAUUUGAAAAGAAAUUCAACAGCCUCCCUCAAUACAGUCCUGUUACAUUUGACCGGAAAUGUGUACCUGUCCCAAGAAAAAAGAAGAAGACUGGAAACAUGGCCUCGGAACCGACUAAAACCAGCAAAGGUCCUUUCCAGUCUCAGAAAAAGAACUUAUUCCACAAAAUUGUCAGCAAAUAUAAGCACAAAAAGGAGAAGCCUAAUGUUCCGGAAAAAGGAAGUGGGGAUAAAUGGUCAAACAAGCAACUCUUCUUGGAUGCCAUUCACCCUACAGAAGCCAUAUUUUCAGAAGACAAAAACACCACAGAGCCUGCUCAUAAGGUUAAAAAUGCCCUAUCCAUUCCCAACACUCCAGAGCCAACAACAACUCAAGAACCCUUGGUGGGCAGCCAAAAGAGAAAAGCAAGGAAAACCAAGAUCACUCACCUUGUCAGGACAGCAGAUGGCCGGGUGUCACCAGCAGGAGGUACUUUGGAUGACAAACCAAAGGAACAACUGCAGAGGAGUCUCCCUAAAGUGACCGAGUCCGGCUGCGGUGACGACUGCUCACACAACACUGAGGCCGCGGAGACGCGGAGCAGCACUCCAGAGAUGCCAGCCGUGUCUGCGUUCUUCAGUCUCGCCGCGCUGGCUGAAGUGGCCGCCAUGGAGAACGUACACAGAGGUCAGAGGUCCACUCCGCUCACCCAUGAUGGACAGCCAAAAGAAAUGCCACAGGCUCCUGUACUUAUUUCCUGCGCUGACCAGUGAAGCGCCCUUUAAUUGUAAAACAUUGUGCUUUACCUACUACCCUAGCCUUGUCUUUACGGAGGGAUGCUAGUGAGUCCAUGUGGUGGAGAAUAUAGACUGCAAACAAGUGCUUGUUGCCCUACACGGCCCAGAUUCACUUGAAGCAGAAGUUAGCAUCCUGGGCCCGUUUGUUCUUUUGGAACCCAGAGUCUUUGAGGGUGAGGUUAUCUGUCUGAUAAUGAGCAGAAACAGAAUGAUCCUGGAGCUUUGCUUUCUAUUGAAGGCUUUUGACGGUAAUAGGUGGUAACUUGGUAAAAGGCUGCCUUUACUGUAGCUCAUCCAGCGUCUCUUUUACCAACCGGAGAGUGUGAAACUAGUUUCGUAUAUUACCUAGUUAUUCUUUCAAAACAAAAACAAAAAACAAAAAAACAAAAACUGACGCACUGCACUAGUUAUUAUUAGAUAUUCUUAGUCUUUUUUGUACAUGGAGAUUUAAGUUCUAAGAUGGUUUAUAUAAUAGGUUAUACCUACAUUUAUAUUGUAGAAUAAUAUUAAAAAGCCUGUUCCAGAGACCCCCAAGCAGCACGGGCAGGCACAUGUACCAUUGUUAGCGGUGUAUGCUCGGCCUCGUGGUCCAUAUAUUCUGCACUUUUAUAUUUGCCACCAGAGUGGUAGUUUGCUGGUGAAAAGGAAGAGAGAGAGAGAGAGAGAGAGAGAGAGAGAGAGAGAGGGAGAGAAAAUUACAAUUCUUACAAGCUGAGUUUUUUUCGUAGCCUUGAGUGACUAAGAAGGAUUUGCUUGGGGCAAAUUGUGGCAAAUAUUUUCCCAGACAGGGGAAGAGUCCUACAGAUUACUGAUGUUUUCAUGCCUUGAGGAUUCUUUUAUUUUUACACAGGGGUCUAUGUGACCAAUGGAUCGUUCAUACAAACAAAAAAAGAAAAAUAUUAUUCAGAAGUGACCUUAGUAUUACUUCACUAUCCUAAACACAUUGAAGACACUCACUUCAUGUGGACUUUGCGCUACAGACCUUUUACAUCCAUCCCAGACAGACUGGACGGGUAGCAAUUGCUAUGCACAGCCUAAUUGGCACUGCAGGUUUUUAGAGCCAUUUUGAGUUGAUGUUGUCAAGGAGGUGUUGAAUGAAUAAAUGCCGAGGGAGGGAUGCCUGACCAGAGUGGGAUUCUUAGUCACGGAUCCACCUGCAAGUUUGUUUCCUUUUUGUGUUUUGUUGCUUUCGGACAUAAAACCAACCAUACAUAUGCCAGUGCCAAGUGGAUUACCUGGCUUAUCCGAACAUUCGACAUACCGACUUAACCACCUGACAUUCACAGUGUCUUGUUUCCUAGCAACACAUGCAAAGUGAUAAAUCAAAAUUAGUCGGAGGCUACCGAGUUUACAGGGUAUUUGUUCCAUAGCACAAAGUAGAUCCCCACUCUUGCAUCACAGCACAAACUACCAAAUUUUAAUUAUUGGAUUCCAGCAAUAAUUUUUAUUGGUUUUCAAACUGGCGGAAUUUUGAUAGCGUUAGUUCGAGUUUGAAGCUUUUGAAUUAGAUCUCUAAAUGAUGACAGUUUACAAGGUUUUAUCUAGCUUUCUUAUUUAUACUUGACUGAAUUGUAAUGAUGAUUUUUUUUUUUUCUAAUCAUAAUCUGACCUAAUAGCCAUACAAAAAACGACUCUUAGUACUGACUAGGUUUAGCUUUUCAUAGUUGUAGAUAUUACUUCAGUUUCGGUGCUGGAAAAUAUGUACAACAUACUAACAAUUGAAAAGAAUAUAGAGAUUUGUUUGGGUUGUUUUUUUCUUCAAAGCAGGUAAAGAGGACAGCAGAACAUUGGAAUGGUGUCCUCAAAAAUGCAUAAACAUUGUGGGCGUGGAGGAAGAAGGAUUUAGAAAGCUAGUUAGUCCGAGGUUAAAGCUUAACCCCAUUCUCGUAGAAAUAAAUCAGGUGAGCAGCCCCAGAUUUUAGCAUAAUAUUUUUACUAUGAUGCUGUUUUAUUAAUAUUUUCUAAAUUUCAAAACAUAAAGUGAAUGUUUGAAAAUUGCUGGGUCCCAAUGUUGGUGGCUGUUGGAGUUUUUGGACCACUUGCUAGCAGUGAUUUAAAAAUUAUAAUUAGCUAAAAAUCCAAAAACAAAACAAAAUGAAACAAAACAAAAACCAACAACAGAAAUUGUUUGGUGCAGAACAUGCACCUUGACAAUGGUACUAACUUGUUAUUCUCUAGAACACGUUAGAAUAGAUCUAUUUUUGCCAGAGCACCGUCCUUCAAUCCUCCAAUUACAUUUCACUAGAUUUCCUUAAGAGAUUGCUGUAUAUUCAUGGGACCUUUUUUAAAAAGAAGCAAAACAAAAGAUUACUUUUUUCUAUGUGAUUAAUAUCUUACUUGAUCUGCUUUUCCUAAACCUCAGUGGCUUUUCCCUUAGGCAGGGGUGGGGUGGGAGGGCAACCUACUGGAUAUGACUGUUUUCAGAUACUUAAAAAAACAAAAAACAAAAAAAAACCUUUUUGUAGAAAUGCUUAAUUUUUAAGCGGUUAGGCACUGAGAGUAGCAGAAAUCCUGCAAAGCUUUAUAGUCCUUUAGACACUCGCCUUGUUGUUUCUCUGAGUGAAGUCUUGAUUUCAAUACUAGUGCUUUUCUCAUGCCCUGAAUCCGCUGGUGAGGGGUGUUGGCAUUUUCAGGUAACAAUAUUUGUUAGCACAGAUAUUCCCAACCAACAUGUAGUGCCCCCCCAUCUACCAUUUUCAUUUCAUUUAUCUUAUUCUUUUAUAUUUUGGAAAAUCAUAUUGCUAUGGUGUGUACCUUAAUCUGCCAGCAAACACCAUUGACACUAACAUUUGUCCCACAAGCAUCCUCAAGAGAAGAAGUUCUUGCACCUUAUGUAUAUCUCAAGCAAACCAAAAUACGAUGCCUGCUUUGUUUUGUUCUAAAUUGUUGUAUCAUAUCUUUCUGAAAAACCAUUCUGAAUCUAGUUGAAAUUAUCGAUAUUUAUGCUUUUAACCUUAAUUUCUGGAUUCAAACCUGUAUAUAAAUCUUUUGAAAAAAAUUGUCCUAGCCCUUCUCUGUGAUGCCGAAGUGGAUGAUUUAGUCUCAGAUGGAGACGCAGUACUGUUCCAGUUUUCCUUAGCCUUUUAUUUAUUUAGUUGUUCUGGGUAUUUUCCUAUGUAAUUUUGAAGUGUGUAGAGUAUAUUAUAGUAACUGAAGCUGCAGCUAUAAGAAGCUGAGUGAAAGAAAAAAAAAUACUGUAAGACAUCCUUUCUAAGUUUUUAUUUGUUUGGAUAACUGUAAGGAGAUCAGGAGAAGGAAACAACGUCCCACAGCCACAUUGACGAUACAGGUUCUUAUCCCCAGAUUAGGUUAGUUCCCAGAUUUUAGAUCAAACUGUAAUUCAUCAAAGCCCUUUUAUAAGGAUGAAUCAUACUGUUGUAAUUCUGACAGUCUCUUUUUCCCACAAAUACCAGAACUAUGUUUGUUUAAUUCUGUCAGAAGAGCUUUCUACCAAUGCCAUCUCAAAGCCAUGCUGAAAUCAUUCCCAUAUUAUCACUGAUUCUGGUUCCUGCGAUGGAACACUCCGAACAAAAAGGAGCAUCUGAACUGGUCUGGUUAUUUAUAUUCCAACAUGUUUAUUCCCUGUCACUUUCUUAGCAAGUCAGAUGCUACUCCGCCUAAGUCAUUUCAUAAAAUUUUGUUUGCACUCUGCAGUCUUUGGCUCAUCGUAUGGAAAAGUUUGCACCUAUGUAAAAUCUCAAGCAAAUUAUAAAUUGAUCCAGAACCAGGAGUAAGCUGGAAGCUGACACGUUUUGUUUAUACAGUGUGGGAGGGAGGGAGGGUAUCGAAUAGCUCUGUUCCAAGUUUGGCGUUUGGCAUUAAUGUGAAGCAGUGGGACCAUGCUGCCUGCUAAACUACUGUAUGAAUCCCAAGCGUUCUGGAGACCAGCAGCUGGAGCUGGAGGCCGGCACCCACCCAGCAGAGGAGAAGAGCCACCGUGGCCUCGCUGGGGAGAAGGCAGGAAGUCCCGCCAGGCCUGGAAUCAGCAUUUGCAAAGGGAAAGUCGGGGUGUCCGUGAUGCUGUUGAGGAGACUCACCUUUGAUUGCACUGCUCCAUAGAGCCCUCACGUAAGGCCAAUUCUAAUGGGCUACCUCGGCUUUAAAAGUUAAUUUCAGUAAGUCCUGUUUCAAAGGUUUUUUUUUUUUGUUUUUUUUUUUUUUUUUUGCUUCUACCUUCAGUGCCACUGUUUCCCACUGCAGUGUUUUGACUUCCCAAACCACCUUCUCCAGAGAGAACACUGUAUUGCUGAAAAUGGGCAGCAGAAGCAAAUGUCAUUAUUACAUUUGACCUAUAAAGUAUUCAGAGUGACUGCUAGGUGGAAAUGAAAAUUUAGCUCUCCCCACAUAGGACCUUGUUUUGCACCUUAUAAAGAGUGUACUAAUUGUUAAUUAGAUGUUGCUUUUAUUUAUACAAGCAUUCCCAAAGAGUUAGAUUUGGAUUUUGUUCUUACUUGAGUUUUUGGGGUUUUUAAAACUCAUCUUAUUUAGAUUAACUAACAUCAUACUCACAUUAAGAAACAAGUUGUUCAGUUUAUCUUACCAGAUAUGUCUGGUGAAGUAUUCAGGGUUUGAUGGACUGCUUUGCUUUAGUUUGGAAGUGAUAGCUAAGUUUAUUAUACUCCAUAUUAAAUCACCUUGUCCUUUUCACUGGGGACAUUAUUUUCUUUCUAUUUCGGAUCAAAGAAGUGACAACAAAAAUAGUGAACAACAAGACAAAUAUAUUUGAUUCCCCCGAUACAGCUCCAUCUGUGCUAUGCUUUCCUUAAAAAACAUAAGUACACAUUUUCUUCACACACAAAAAAUGCAAGUUUCAUCUCCUGGCCAAAUUUUAUUUGCGAUGGUAGGAUUUAUACUAAUAAGUUGAAGGAGGAAACCUUGUACUAAGUUCUCUGGCCACUGUUUUCUUGUUGCAGUCAGUGGUCAAAAUUGAUCCUGCCCUCAAAUUGGUUUUUGUGCACAGAACUAGUUGUCAUGAAAAUUACUACUCCUUCCAAAGAUUGCCCGGUCACUUGGGCCGUAACUGGUUACUGAGUAACAAGGACCUAAUUCAAUGCCUCCGAACCCUCCCACCUGCACCGCAGUCAUACCUCACAGGCUCUAACGUGAAUCACAAGGGCACGUGUGUUUCACCAACUAACACUGCUGGUCCUUGGCAGUUGCCGGGGGCCGGCCCAUGUCCCUGGACGCCUCAGGUUAGCGCCUGGGCUCUCAGAACAGCAGAACUGGGGGUGGGGCAGGUCUGUGACCUGGAGCUCGGCACACGCUCAGCAACAUUCUUCGCGUUUCAUUAGCACUAAACAAGUCUCUUGCUCUCAGGAAUUUGUCCAAAAAAGAAUAAAAACCACCUGAGACUCCAUUGUUCCAGAUUAUGAACUUUUCUCUUAGGUUUGAAUUGCUUACUUACAUGUCCUAAAUUAACCAUGGCUUCAUUUGACCACCAGGUCUUAAGUCUGUUGACAGUUUCAGCAUGACUGAAUUGCUCAUUUUUUUGCUUUCAGAAAUUGGCUUGGUUCUCUUUAGAGUUGGUGUAAACAUGCCAUGUAAUAAAUGAUUUCCACUUAAUGGUACAACAGAAUUAUUGCUUUCUUAGAUGUAUGUGUAGUAAAAGUCAAUAUACACAUUUAUAUAAUUUCUUUCUUCAAAAUCUUAUACUUAAUUUGAUAUUUCUAAAAAUUGCACAUGUAAGUCAUGUGUAUAACAUGCUAAAGUACUUUAACUGUGAUCUUAAAACUGAAUAAAAAUAUUUAAUAAAAAUUUGAAAUAUUUUAAA